UCUUUGAAAAAGCAGAGUUUGACGCAAUUUCCUGUUUCAGAAUGACGUGUACCAAGUUUACUUAAGGUGGUGCGUGCGCAAGUUCCACCAUUUUGUGUUGGCAUUUGGACUGGCAUUCAUCUUACGAGCUGAGAGAAGAAAACUUGAACUUAAAUUUUUACUUUAAUAAAGGCUAAGUUUAAGCCCAAAGGAAAUGGAAAGAAGAGCAAUGAAAAGAAAAGCCUCAUUCAUAAACAGUCGACCAAAUAAAAGGAGGCGCCUACAGUACUCAGAUGGUACAGAAUGGAAGCCUACACAGCCAACGACAAUCUUCAAUUUGUUGAUCCUUGGAUCUCAGGGUUCCUACAUGAAAGAGGCUGUGGACCAGUAUAUCAACACUUGUGUCCCAGACACAAUACUGGCUUCAUUUCAUAUUCUUUUCAUCAAAUAUUUACAUAUAACGGCUCUUCUAAGAUCAGAUCCCUUUUUUAGAGUCCUUCUGAAAACAUUAAAUUCAGAAAGGUAUAAUGAUGCAAGAGCUCUUUGGAUUAGAGGCCUUUGUGGAGACAAUUCUAAUAACCUCAACUGUUUCAGUAAUAUAAAAGACCAUUUCCCAAUCAUUGAUAAACUGGUGUGUGCUAAAGUUGAUUAUCACCAGGAAACCCCUGAGAACCAUCCCAUAUAUGAAAAAACAUUGAGUAAAUUUCGGUCAUUUGGUGAUCUGAGGGCUUUUGGUGACAUAUCAGAGCCAUCUUUUCUUAUGGUGCAUCGAGACGUCUACAAUCCACGUUACGAUCCCUGCAUGAUCCAUCUGCCACUAACUGUUAUAGAUGACAACCAAAGGUAAACCAAAAAAUCAUAUGCUGUGGGCCUGGGGGCAUUUCAGAAAAUGUUGACUUGAAAAGGUCAUAGAAAGACUGUUUAUAGCUGCUAUGAGUGAUAACAUUCAUUUCCAUGGAUGCUCCACAAUAGAAAAAAGAUUAUGUGCUGUAUGUUGUAUGUAUUGUGUCAUGUUUUUAUUGUAAUUGUAUUCAUUCUACAACUAUAUUCUACAGUAGUGUUUAUUUUUGCACUACAUGUUGUGAUAUACUGUACUGUCACUAUCUCUAAUGUUGCACUGUAAGCAUUGGAAAAUGGUAUUUCAGUACUUGUAUGUGGCAAUAAUGAUUAUCUAUCUAUCUAUCUAUCUGUCUAUCUAUCUAUCUAUCUAUCUAUCUAUCUAUCUAUCUAUCUAUCUAUCUAUCUAUCUAUCUAUCUAUCUAUCUAUCUAUUACUUAUUAAUUACUAAAUAACUAGAAGCAGCAACAGAUACAACUCACAUUCAAACUUUAAUAGUAUACAGUUCAUUAGUUGGAUUUUAUUUGUGGAACUGUUGCAAAUGAACUGUUAAAAAAAAAAGGUCAACUUUUGUGAGUGUGUGUAUGUGUGAGUUUGAAAGAAUGUUAUUGAAUGUAAUAAAUGUCCUAGAGAAUGUACGCCCUAGCUCCCCCUCCCCUGUGGUGGAUAGUGAAUACAUCAGAGAACAUGAUAGGUCUCAUUCCACCACCAAUACAAAACAUCAACUACAGGACCAGCAAUGCCAUUGUACACUCACCAACAUAGCUCUCGACUCAUCAUUCUGCUCCCAUUAACUCUUCUUUCAUUUGGCAUUUGCCAGAAUGCACCCAGACCAGGUCCUCCAAAUCAGAGAAAAUGUUCUUUUCACAAGCACAUUCUUUCCACAAGAUCCUCAACUGUCUCCUAUGCACCGCCAUCAGUAUUUAAACCCUGUCAUCAUGCACCAGCCACUUUAAUCAAUAGUCACCACAUUGACAUCUAGUGGUCCCAGAAAGUACUUGGACACUUUACACCAGGUGUUUUACUCUGUCACGGCACCUGAUCAUCAGUGAAGGCAAUUAAGUCUAGUGUCAUCUACACAAAGAAGGCCAGUCUAAUUCCCUGAUCAGCAAAACACUAAAUCUACCUUUCUGCACAUUUGGAUAUUUUGUAACAAGAAGUUUAACACUACCAAAUUCACUGAAGUGCAAAUUAUUUUAUGCACUGUAUGUUUCACAUUUGGUUCUUAAAGGGUCUGUUGUCUUGUAGUUUUAACAGAUUUGUUAUCCUCAUUAUAAUGAUUUUAUACUUUUCAGGUGUAUUUAUUGUCUUGUGCUACUGUAUUGUGUACAAGCCUGUUAAUUCAUUUGCUGCCAUUAGCAAAUGCUAUUUAGCUAUAUUGUAUACUGUGUGUAUAUGAAUGACGUGUGGUAUGUGUGUGGUAUGAAUGACAAUAAAGUUCAGAAACAUUUAAAAAAAAAAAAAAAAAAACAGAAAAA